CACGAGGAACUGGGUGGCGCUGUUGGUUACGGUCGUUUCAGCUAAAUUAGCAGAGCUAACGUAACUUGUUUUUUCCUGCACCACGAUCUAAAGGUUCAUUUUAUAAGUAACAAAGAAAUUUAUGGAUUAUGGACCGUUACCGAGAUCAGACUUUAAAUCUGGACUCCCCGUCUAAACAGAGUUACAUUGGCAGUUUUUACAUGCCUCCAGACAGGCUUUCAAGACCCCUGCAGAUGUACACAGAGACACGUCCGUCGGACAGGAAUAUGUCUGGGUUACAUGACAUCGACCCACAGCUGUAUCGCACAGUACCUGAUGCUGGAAGCAGAGCAGUGAUGUCAGCCCUGAAGACGCUGCAGGAGAAGAUGCGACGCAUUGAGCUGGAAAGGGUUCAAACAGUAAAGAGCGCUCAACACCUCUCUCAAGCUGCUCAGCUCCAGGAUCACCCUUCUGCACACAGAGAGAAUAAGCCCACACAGAGGAAAGAGCUGGUUUCAGAGCUUCGCACCGCAGAAACACGCUGCUCUCUUCUAGAAAAACAGCUCGACUACAUGAAGAAAAUGGUGGCAUGUGCGGAGAGAGAGAACAACACUCAGUCAGAGAGACAGGAGUCAAUGUAUAAGGAGAGCACAAAUACAGAUCCACAAAUACAAGCACAACUAAAAAAAUUAGAAAGACUGGAAAAGGAGUAUCUUAAACUCAGCAGUACGCAGUCGAUGGCUGAGAGGAAGAUUGAGCUCUUAGAAGAGAAACUCUUAUUAGAGGAGCAUCAACGCAAGCUUGUGCAAGAGAAAGCAGAUGAGUUGCAGAGAGAGCUUGAGAAGAAUGUCUUCUCCCUUUCUGCUGCUACUCAACCCAAAAGCAAGAAAAAAAAGAAGGACAAGACCUCAUGCAGGGUAGUCCCCUCCAGUGAACGCCCCCCUCAAUAUCCUCUUAAGGCUAAACGGCUGCCAUUUGUAGCGGGAACAUCAACCAGUCCUAGCCACUCGGUCAACGCUAAUGUUCAGGGUGUGUUGCACAUGAUGAAGCACAGGAACCUCCGGCUGUGUGAGAGAGUGAGUGCUCAGCAGAAGUCUGCUUCUGAGAGCCAGCGGGACCAAUGCAGACCUCCAUCCUCUCCCAGAAAGUCAGUUUCCACCCUUGGCAGCCUCUCUGAAAUUCUGCUUGCCCUUCAGGAUGAACUGGGACAAAUGAGCUUUGAGCACCAGGAGCUGGUCAGGCAGAUAGAUGAGACUAAAAAGCGAGAUCUCAGAGAGGAUCUGGAGAGAGAGCUGGACUGUCUGGUCAGGAGAAUGGAAGAGAAAGCAGCUCAAAUCUCCAAACUGCGCAAACAUAAGGAAACCGUUCAGAAGCUCUCGCAACCAUCCAGCCCCAAACAAAAGCCAGGUAGAGCAGCCAGCUUGAAGAACAAACAAAGAGCACAGAGUGGGGUACAAGCCUUUCCACCAUCCCCUGUCAAAGCCUCACCCAGCAAGGCCCAGAAACAGCACGGGAGCAGUCAAGAAACUCUGAGAUUACUCAGAGAGACACAGAAACUGUGUUCCAGUCUCCGCAGACAGGACAUCGCGUGGGAGACAUAGUCUCUGUUCCAGUGUCCUGUAACACAUAUCUUGGGCUUAUGAAGAAAACAAAUUGAGAGGACACUGGGAUGACGGUGACUUUAAAGCGAUCAGAAAACAUUAUUCUGUAUCCUAACACAGAAUCCCACAUUAGAUUUGUUCUACCUAAAUGUUCCAGUUAAAUGAGCUUUUUAAUUUAUGUUUCUUAAUAUUUUAAUCUAUUUUGUGAUCUUUGUGUGUGAAUAAUACCAUGAAAAUAAACUAUCUACCUUUUUCAGUAUACAGAUAAACUUGAUGUUUUUUUAAGUUGAUAAUGGGGGUUUUG